AGCUCACGGUCAUGACCUUCCACUACCCAGGUCUCAUUCCCUUGAUGUCUUAAGUGGUCUUGCCAGUUGUCUCGGCCCAUCGUCACCUAAAGAUCGAGCACCUACGACGACCUCAUGGGACUCACUCUUAAGUGUUUGCAUUCUACAUAUGUAUUUUGGACCUGCCAGCCAUGCAUGAGAAGCAUGAACGGCGAAAUGAAGUGGAAGCAGCUAUACAACUUAUGGCCAUCGAAUGUUCGCUCCAGAUCUCACAGGUUAAAUUCGCUUUCUGGAAAGAAGGAGCCCUUACUGGAUGAUGUUACUGCGAUGGGUGACUCGAAGGUGCAUACUGCAGUGUUCAUGAAAGAAACAUCGGCUAUACAGAACGUAUAGGCCCAUGAGAUACGACAACGAUCUUCUACUCUAGCUGAUCCCUUAACCAUUGACGCAAU